GUUGAGUCUUAAUAUUUUAGAUGUGCUUAUUCUGCUUUUAAAUCUACUCAAGCCUCAUAAAAUCGGCAUUUAAGGUUUUUGUUUUUUUAAAUCGAAUUUCCGGAUGAAAAUAAUAUCGAAUCGUCCAGUGACGUUUUUCGUAAGUCCCGCCUCCAAGUUGAAGCUGCAGAAGAAGCUAACGUAAACUAUAAUGAUCAAAGUUGCACUGUUUUUAAGCCUCGAGUUAGCGUCGUGUUAAGUUCAUCUCAAGACAGCGAAAUAUUUUAACAAAUGACAUCUGUAAAAAUAUUGUAUGCUUUGCAAUUGUCGGUGCAUCAGAAAGCCACGGAAUCAACAAGAUAAAUAUGCUCCGGAGACUCACUGUGCUCCCGCGGGCGACUGCGUUGUUGGCUGCGGUACGAAGCCUCUCCUCGGGCUCUGCAAAAAUCACGGCCCCGUUGAACUUCUGGGGUGGAAAAAGAAGGGCGAGCAAAGAAAGAAACAAUGGGGAGAACGUCUUCGAGCCAGCAACAGGGCGCAUCCUGUGCACGCUGGAGCCAUGUGGUUCCUCAGAGGUCAACCAAGCUGUAGAGGCAGCCAAGUCAGCCUUUGGUCCUUGGAGUAAAAUGUCUGGAAUGGAAAGAGCAAGGGUGAUGAUAGAAGCUGCGCACACCAUUGAGAAAAGGCGAGAGGAGAUUGCUGAAAUGGAAGUAGUCAACAACGGGAAGUCCAUCACGGAGGCCCGUCUGGAUGUGGACUCUGGCCGGUUGUGUAUAGAGUACUAUGCGGCACUGUCCAGCACUCUUGCGGGCCAGCAUGUGCAAUUGCCAGGGGGCUCUUUUGCCUACACACGCAGGGAGCCUUUGGGCGUAUGCGUUGGCAUCGGUGCUUGGAAUUACCCUUUCCAGAUUGCUGCCUGGAAAUCAGCCCCAGCGCUGGCCUGUGGCAACAGCAUGGUGUUCAAGCCAUCCCCAGUCACGCCUGUGACGGCGGUGAUGUUGGCGGAGAUAUUUACCGAAGUAGGAGCUCCAGAGGGACUCUUCAAUGUGGUCCAGGGGGGGCAGGAGACCGGCAGCUUACUCUGCCACCACCCUGACGUGGCAAAGGUGUCCUUCACCGGGAGUGUGCAAACUGGACAGAAAAUUAUGGAAAUGGCAUCCAAAGGGGUGAAACCGGUGACGUUAGAGCUUGGCGGCAAAUCUCCGCUGCUCAUAUUUGAGGACAGUGACAUGGAGAACGCAGUGCGGGGAGCCCUCAUGGCAAACUUCCUUUCUCAAGGCCAGGUUUGUAGCAACGGCACGCGGGUUUUUGUCCAAAGGCCGAUUCUGGAGGAAUUUGUGGAUCAAGUUGUGAAGAGGACCCAGGCCAUUGAGAUUGGCGACCCGUUAUUAGAGAAUACCAAGAUGGGAGCUUUAGUCAGCCGGCCACAUCUAGACAAAGUGCUCGCCUUUGUGGAUCAGGCGAGGAAGGAGGGGGCCACUGUAUUGUGCGGGGGUGAACCUUUUGUCCCUUCAGACCCAAAACUCAGACAGGGAUACUACAUGACGCCAUGCGUACUCGCCAAUUGCAGAGACGACAUGACCUGUGUCAGAGAGGAAAUCUUUGGUCCCGUCAUGUCCGUGUUGUCCUUCGACACAGAAGAGGAGGCGCUGCGGCGAGCCAACGACACCACCAUGGGAUUAGCCGCGGGAGUUUUCACCAGGGAUGUGAAGCGUGCCCACCGUGUGGUUGAACACCUCAAGGCCGGUUCCUGCUUCAUCAACAACUAUAACAUCACUCCUGUGGAGGUUCCAUUUGGAGGCUUCAAAAUGUCAGGCAUAGGGCGGGAGAAUGGCCAGGUGACAAUCGAACAUUACUCGCAACUGAAGACGGUGUUUGUGGAGAUGGGAGAUGUCGACAGUCUCUUCUAGGAAACGUCAGCCCAGAGCAAAAUGGAAGUAGCCGGAAAGCAAAACGGCCCAUCCGCCUCCUUCAUGCUUUGCUUCAAGCGAUCAAGCCAGCCAUCGAAAUGUUCUGCACUCCCUGUCAUAUUGACGCGAGGAAACGUCUUCUGAACUAUUGAACGGGCGACAAAUCUUCUCGCCAACAGCGUAAAGUGAAUGAAGUUCGCUGUUUGACAUUAAGAUUAGAUUUCUUUUCUUCCCAAUGUUAAUUUGUUCCCAUAGUUUGCACUGUGCCGUUCCGCGUAUCGGCUAUGACGAUUUUAAGCACAAGAAAAGCCAAUGUGUGUUGCUGCUUAGAAACGAUUUAUUGAACACUAACUGAAAAGGUCCCACAACAAUUUGCAUGACACCAAAUGUGCACCACUUCAAGUACACGUGGGCCGCCUGUUGACAAGCGAGUAAAAAGAACGAGGAAAACGUCUUGAAAUGAAA